AUGCUACUCCAAGUCUGGCUGUUGUUGGUACUGCAUACGGCGCUCGCCUACAGCAAGGUCUCUCCUGUCAACGAGCGUUGUGUGACGGCGGUGUACACAGCGUGUGGAUAUAUUCCGUUUGCCACACCCCCCGAAGUCGCACGGGGAUUCUGGGGAUCCCGAUGUCAAAAUCCGUGGACGGUUACCUCCAUCUACGCUGCUGCUGAUGUAUACUGCGAUCCAUCCGAGCGAACGGCAGGUUUCGCCCAGCUCCAAUCCUCCUGUCUACAGUUCGGCAAUGUUGAUUUGAUCCCACGCGACGCUCUGGCCGCCAAUUUGACCGACGAUGCUAUCAAUCAAAUGAGGAGAGUUGACUAUGAUGAAAUUCCUCGGUCGGAGCCAGUUGAUUACCCGGUUCUUCUCUCGGCAUCGUUUUAUAAUCGCACAUUCCGAACAAUCGAUACUUGGGAGUUUGAAGUCUGGACCCAUUCCGCCUAUGGUCUUGCCGGAUAUCUCUUCUGGGCACUCAUUCUCUCGAUCGGAGUCUUUCAUCGAUUAAGUCAACAUCUACUGCUGUCGAAGCGCAUUCGCGUAAAUGGCAACCGAUCCGUACUCUCGCGCUUCCUAUAUACACCCUUGGUCACCCUAUACCACUGGAUACAGACCUAUAUCAUUACUUCCAGUCCUUUGCCAUCGGGCGGUCGAUAUCUACUCUGGUGGACAUUUCCCACUCGCAUAGAAGCAAUCAUUGUUGUUCUUUUUUGGGUACUCAGCUCUGUCUUAUCCUGUGUGAGCUACCGGCUCUUUUCCGAGAAUAUAUACUGGCCUCAAAUCUCCGCCCAACUUCUACGCUAUAUUGCGGACCGAACCGGAAUCCUUUCAUUCGCCAAUAUUCCUCUCAUCUGGCUUUUUGCUGGUCGUAAUAAUGUCUUCAUCUGGGCGACGGGUUGGAGCUUCGCCACAUUCAACCUGUUUCACCGGCAUAUUGCCUGGAUCGCAACCAUCCAGGCGGUGGUUCACACACUGCUCUAUGUGGUUUUGUUUAUUCAAAAUGGUAAUCCGUGGAAGAAGCUUGUUCGGAAGCCGUACCUCAUCUGGGGAACAAUAGGCAUGGUUGCAAUGAUUUUGUUGUGUCCCUUCGCCAUCGAAUGGUUCCGGCGAAGGACCUACGAGACAUUCCUCGUUAUACACAUUCUCCUCUCGAUCGCAGCGUUAGUCGGUUGCUUCUACCAUACCAUCAUUUUUGAAGGCCAUGAGUAUUGGAUAUGGCUAUGGCCUGCUGUCGGCUUUUGGGCCGCGGACAGACUGCUGCGCGUGGUCCGACUAGUCUACUAUAACCUGCAUGUUCGCACCAAUGUUGGGAAAAGCAUCCAGUAUACGCGCAGCUCAGCAACCUAUGACAAGGCCUCCGAUGUCAUUCGACUCGAGGUCAUUCCCGGAUCAAGUCGACUCCAGCCUACACCGGGGCAAUACUAUUAUCUUUACCAGCCAUUCCGACUUACAGGCUGGGAAAACCACCCGUUUACUCUUGGGUCAUGGUCAUACGAAACAGGGCUUCCCACAUCCCAAACACCAACACCUUCACUUGCGAAGGGCGACGACACCGUAGAUGUGACACAGGUCCCUCUACUCUCCGACAGCUCGUCCGGCUCACGAACUCCCCCAGAAGAUUCGCCAUCGCUCGAAGAGCCCCAGAGGCUGCGACUGGUCUUCUGGAUCAGACCUUUCGACGGCUGGACGCGCCAUCUCCGACAACAGUGCAUAAAAUCCCACGGUCGGACAUUGGAUACGACAAUCCUUUUGGAAGGCCCCUACGGGGAAGAGUUCCCCCUGUGGAAAUACGAAUCAGUCCUAUUGAUCGCAGGUGGAACAGGCAUCGCCGCAGCGGUACCCUAUAUCCAAGACCAUCUCGCAAGGUGUGCCACAGAUGAAGCGGAAAGCCCGACGCGCAUCCGAAAUAUUCACCUGGUCUGGACCAGUCGACAGGAGGCAUUCGUCCGAGAAGUCGCCACUCGAGAGCUAAGUUCAGCCCUCGCUCGAGAUGAUUUCCGGGCGUCGUUUUACGUGACCUCAGCCACUGCAGCGCGGGGCUCAGACGAAUGCUCAACACUGUGCGAAGAGCUUUUGGGGAAGACUAUCGAGGUUGGCCAUGGGCGACCCGAUCUGCAAGCCCUUGUUCUAGGCCACGCUCAUGAAGCGCAACUCAGUGAUUGCUCGGCUGCGGUGUUGAUGUGCGGUCCCCCUGCUAUGGCUGACGAAGUUAGAACUGCGGUGUACCAAACAAUGCGGCAAGGUUAUCAAGGGGUCCGGUACAUCGAGGAGUCUUUCAGCUGGUGA